AUGUCGUCGACUCUCAGAAGAGCCAGUCGUAGCGUACUGGCCCCAUCAGUGCCGGCUCUUCGACAACAAUCUCUUAGGUUCGCCUCCACCACAUCUACCUCACUCCUAGCUUCAAAGGCGAUUACAAGAACUCAACCUGCAUCAAUACUGCCCCUCCUUCAACUCUCAAACCCAUUCCUAUCACCGUUUCCAAGGACAACUGCGAUCUUCGCUCGCCCAUCCUCAACCGCUUCUACCACCUUGAAAUCAGAACCAGAACCAGAACCAGACCCAGACGCACCCCCACCCAAAGCCACACUCCGCGAACGACUCCGUUUUCUCACCCGACGCUAUGGUUGGUGGGCUCUCGGCGUAUAUCUCCUUGCCUCAACCGUAGACUUCUCUCUCACAUUCCUCGCAAUCCACCUCCUUGGAGCGGACCACAUUCGUUCACUCGAAUCCUCCCUCCGCACCAAACUAGGGUUGGAACAACGUGCUGAACAUCCUUCCUCCUCUGACCCCACCGAUGGGAAAAAGGGAGGUAGUGGCAGCGGAACAUUAUGGACUGAGGCAGUCCUAGCAUACACAAUUCACAAAACCCUUUUGCUUCCAGUGAGGGUAGCAUUCACAGCAGCGGUUACGCCAAGCUUUGUAAAGUGGUUGGUCAAGAUGGGUUGGGCAAAGGCGAAUUAUGAGGUAAAAGCUAAGAUCGGGAGGAAGGCGGCGGAUCAGGCAAUCAGUGAGGUGGUGAAGAGAAAUGCUGCGAAAAAGGCGGUGAAGGAGACGAUGAAGCAUUAA